UCCUCCUCUACUGGCGAGUGAGUGAGGAGGAAAAGCAGCAGAAGGAAAACACUACUGGUCGCACUGUUAAAACCAUGGCUGCGGAGAUUCAUUCAAGGCCCCAAACCGCUAGACCUGUUCUUUUAAACAAGAUCGAGGGCCACUCAGACGCUGUGAACGCAGCCGUUUUAAUACCUAAAGAAGAUGGAGUGAUCACGGUCAGCGAGGACAGAACCAUCCGAGUUUGGCUGAAAAGAGACAGCGGUCAGUACUGGCCAAGCAUCUACCACACAGUCUCCUCUCCAUGCUCUUGCAUGUCGUACCACCAUGACAGCAGACGCAUCUUCAUAGGCCAGGACAAUGGAGCUGUUGUGGAGUUCCUUAUCUCUGAAGAUUUCAACAAGAUGAACCACGUCAAAACAUAUCCAGCCCACCAGAAUCGUGUGUCAGAUAUGGUGUUCUCCCUGGAGAGUGAGUGGGUGGUGAGUACCGGCCAUGACAAGAGCGUAAGCUGGAUGUGCACCCAGAGUGGCAGCAUGCUGGGGAGACACUACUUCACUGCCUGGGCCUCGUGCCUACAAUACGAUCACGAGACGCAGCAUGCCUUUGUUGGCGAUUACUCAGGACAGAUCACGCUGCUGAAACUGGAGAAUCAGACGUACUCCAUCAUCACUACACUGAAGGGUCAUGAAGGUAGUAUAGCAACCCUGUGGUGGGACCCUGUCCAGAGGCUGCUGUUCUCCGGAGCCUCCGACCACAGCGUCAUCAUGUGGGACAUUGGGGGCCGCAAAGGACGAACGUUACUGUUGCAGGGACACCACGAACGGGUUCAGGCCUUGCGUUACCUUCAGUUGACCAGGCAGUUGUUGUCCUGCUCAGCCGACGGAGGCAUCGCAGUGUGGAACAUGGACGCACAGAGAGAAGAGGCGCCCCAGUGGUUAGACAGCGACUCCUGUCAGAAGUGUGAGCAGCCGUUCUUCUGGAACAUCAAGCAGAUGUGGGACACUAAGACCCUGGGGCUCAGACAGCACCACUGCAGAAAGUGUGGCAAGGCUGUGUGUGGAAAAUGUAGUUCUAAACGCUCCACAUUUCCAAUCAUGGGCUUCGAGUUCCCAGUGCGGGUUUGUGAUGCCUGCUUUGAUACCAUCAAAGAAGAAGAUCGAACAGCAUUGGCAACGUUCCACGAGGGGAAACACAACAUCGCCCACAUGGACAUGGACCCAUCCAGAGGCCUGAUGGUCACUUGUGGAAGCGACCGCAUUGUUAAGAUCUGGGAUGUGACGCAGGUGGUUGGCUGUAGCUUAGCAACAGGCUUCUCUCCGCGCUGAUUGGCCCGGCCCACUACAUGCUCCGCCCACUCUUCCAAUGUCAUGGAAACCCCUCUGUACAGUAUAUCUCCCCAUCACGCCUGGGAUCUUCAGCUACAACCAGUCCCUGCUCUUGGUGACUGUGUGACCGUGUGUGUGUGUGUGCGCGCGUGCGCGUGUGCGUGUGCGUAUGAGAGCGUGUUUGUGUGUGUGUGUGUGUGUGUGUGUGUGUGUGUGUCUGUGUGUGUGUGUCUGUGUGUGUGUGUGUGAGAGUGUGUGUGUGUCUGUGUGUGGAGAUAGUGCAGCCCUCCACAUUCAUUUUACUUUUCAUAACCAAUUGGUCUUUAAUUUCACUAACUUUCAGUCCUACAUGAAAGUGUGAGUGACAGAUUUUUUGACUCUCUGCUCUGAUCCGAAACAGAACCCUAAGCACAAAUGGUGUGUGUGUACAUGUGUGCAUGUAUCGUAAUGAUUUCUCCUUUGGGAGGAAUGGUAUUGAUAUUAGUGUUUACAUUAUAUUAAUAUUUCCAAUGCUUCUUUUGACAAAGGUAAUUUUUUUUAUUACUCUUGCACUGUAAAGUUAGGUUUCACUAAAUCCCUGACCUGCCAUUCCUGUAGAAACAUACACUAGCCUGCUUAUUAUUGUGGCCCACUAACUGCAUAUUACUCAGUCACUGUAACAUGUACAAAAAGACCCUGAUCAUCUGUAUAUACCCCUGCAUCAUGUGUAUACUAGAUAGUUGCUUGAAUUGACUCUCACUGAUCAAAGUGAUCAGCUUUUUCUGUCUUUUUUUCCUCUCUUUUUCAUUUGUUUUCUUUCACUAGUUGGCCUUAAAUCACUCUCAGGAGGUUUUACAUCAGUAAGUUGUCACUGGGCGGGGGCUCUUCAUGUCAGUCGUAAACCAUUAUUAAUGUGUAAUCACUCCAGCGUGGUAGUAAAAUCAAUAGAACAGCCUCUUUUUUAGAUAGAAGGAAGUCCCUUGAUUUACACACGAAGAUGCUGCCAUAGAAAUGUUAUGUUCUUGUCAGAUGUUUGCAUGACAGCACUGACCCAGCCUGGUGAGGCAUGGGAAAUUUGAAUAUGUUGCCAUAGUGACAUGCACUGACCGAGGCAGCAUCAAACAUCCUGUUGCAGCCAUCCCGAGGUGCACCAGUCGAAUUACAAUUCAAUAUUUGAUUGGUGUAACUUCUUUUCAGCUUUCUGGGUUUGAGUCUCCAACUUUUAUUUUGGUAAAAACUAGUUUAGAAAAUAGCACAGCAUCACCACCUCCUAGAUAUUUAUUACUCUCGGUUAAAAAACAAAAACAAAAUGUACUACACUGGCUGUGUAGGUAGAUACUACAUGGCACUGAUGGUGAUGCAAAAUUGGAUUUCCUCCCACCAGAGAGGCACUUAGGUACAGACAGGUACUAAACUAAAUGUAGCACUAAAUGCUGGCGUGUUGAAUCGUCCCCAGCUGUAUCUCGGGUCAGAUCAGGGCUGCCUGUGUUCCUUCAAAAGCCUUAAAAGAGAGGACACACUCACAGAGCCUUUUUAGCGGUUUUCCAGUGCUUACGACUGUUCACUCACCAUCAUUCACUCUCGAGCACUCACCUCAUCAUGAAGCUCUGGAUGUCUCGUUUCCUUUUGUCCUUGUUUUGUUUUUGUUCCAAAUCUUGUUCCGAGCCCUCCUACUUCCCCCACACAUCUGUGCAUCAUAACACUCUCACAACUGCACUGAAUUGCACAACUCGUGGUCUUUGUCUUUGAAUUAAAAUAAAUCAUUUUUGUAAGUUUGGGAAGGGGGUAAUAGCUGGAUUCGAUGUAGCGUCCUUGUAAAUAGCGGCUAGUAUCUUCUAAUGUUAGACUAACGCUUGCCUUAUUGUAAGUGGAAAAAUGAGCAUUAUAAUGUUGGAAUUCCUGAUCUCAAAAUGUAGUCACAUUCCAGUUUUUUGAUCAUGUAGUGUAUAUUUAUAUUUGUAGUAAAGUAUUUAUCUGUUAUCAUUGUAAA